AUGUCGGUCUGCAUCCUCCUCGGACUUCUUGUCGAAGCAUGGCCAAGAGAAUCUACCAGGGUCCAGAGACAAAGCGACGCUAGUCCUUACGACAAGGCCAAUCUCCUCUCCCGGCUAACAAUCUUUUACAUCCAGCCACUCGUCUCGCUUGCAGUUCAGAGGACCAUCACCCCUGACGACAUUCUGAACCAGAUGCCCGGUUGGAUGAAGGAAAAGACUGGGCGGGAACGACUUGAGAGUGAAUGGGACAAGAAUGUGGCCGCGUCGUCCUCUCCAUCUCUGGUGCGCACAGUCUUUUGGGUCCAAGCGGGGAGAAUUGCGCCGAUGUAUUUUUUGAGAGUCCUUGUGUCCUGCUUGAUGUUCACCAUCCCCAUGCUGCUCAGUCGUCUACUUGAGUCCCUGCAAGAGGCCCAUGUGCAUGGUCAAACAAGGAAGAAUCUUGCAUAUGGGUUAGUCUUGGCCGGGGCAAUGUUUGCAGCGGCGUUUGCGGGAACGAUUUUAAAGGCGGUGGUUCGGCAGAAGCUGCUCAUGCAGAGUCUGCAGACUAAGGUUGCUCUGACAGGUAUGAUCUACAAGAAGGCGUUGAAGCUGAGUCCUGCGUCAAGGAGCCAGUCAACAACUGGAGAGAUUGUGAACCACAUGUCGGUUGAUGCGGAUGUCUGGCAAGAUGGGUUCUACGACAUGAGCAGCUGGCUUUCUCUGCCCGUCGAAAUUGGUUUUGCUAUGUGGCUCUUGUAUGGAUUGCUCGGUUGGAGUUCCUUUGCAAGCAUUGCCGCUCUGUUGUUGGUCGCUCCUCUACAGGUCUGGCGCGCACGAGUCUACAAUGGUAUGCUCAAGGACAAACUCACGGUCAUGGAUGAACGUGUCCGUCUCACCACAGAGAUCUUGGCCGCGAUCAAGAUUGUCAAGCUGUAUGGUUGGGAGUCAGCCUUCAAGCAGAGGAUCAUGGAAGUCCGAGGCCGAGAACUGGCGGCCCUGAAGAGACUUGGAGUGAUUUUUGCAAUCAUGUCAAUCGUCUUCACUUCUGUCACGCUGGUCAUGUCGUUGCUGACGCUCUCGGUCUAUGCUGCGUGGGGCGGAGAAGGAUUCUCGCGAGGCCAGUUGACACCCCAGACGGUCUUCGUAAGCAUGACCCUGUUCACGAUGCUGAGGACGCCUAUCGGUGAGCUGAGUGAGACGGUGACGAAUACCAUCAAUGUAAUUGUUGGCAGCAACCGUAUCAAGCGGUUCUUGUUGCUCGAGGAGAUCGGGGAGUCGAGCGUUUCGAGAGAUCCUGCGGUACCCAUGGAUCCUACUUUGUCCUUGGUCACGAUCGAGAACGCCUCAUUUUCUUGGACCAAACAACCUCCUGUUGUUGCUUCUAUCGACCAGGACCUAGCGGAUGCCUUGGAUGACGCAUCGCAACCUCUCUUACAGCCUUCGGAAGAGGGAAAUGGAUCGGAGCAGGCAACUACCAACUGGAGACCAACACUUCGCCACAUCCAACUUUCCAUGGCCAGGGGGUCCAUCACAUCCGUUGUCGGACGAGUCGGUCAAGGAAAGUCCUCCUUGUUGAGCGCAAUUUUGGGAGAGAUGUACAUCCUCCAAGGACACGUCUCCAUCCGCGGUCGAGUUGCCUAUGUCCCACAACACGCCUGGAUCCUCAACGCGUCGGUCAAGGAUAACAUCCUUUUUGGGCAACCCUAUGACGAGUCCCGAUACCUUCAGAUCCUGUACUCUUCCGGGUUAGAACCUGACUUGGCGAUCCUUCCAGCCGGAGACAUGACCGAGAUCGGAGAGCGGGGUAUCAACUUGUCGGGUGGACAGAAGCAAAGGGUCUCCUUGGCCCGCGCGGCGUACGCGGAUGCGGACAUCUACCUCCUCGACGACCCUUUGAGCGCUGUGGAUGCACAUGUUGAUAGGCACCUUUGGAAACACUUAUUGGGGCCCGAGGGAAUGCUGAAGGACAAGACCAGGAUCCUUGUGACGCAUGGGAUCCACCACUUGAAGGAGGUAGACAAAGUUGUGUUGGUGAAGGAUGGGGAGGUGGCAGAGCAUGGGACCUAUCAGGAGUUGAUGGCCUUGAGGAGUGUCUUUUACCAGCUUAUCAAGGAGUAUUCGAUUAGCCAUCGCAAGGCAGCUGCUCGGGAGGAUACAGGAAGUAUGACUGGUGCUACAUUGGCAGGGUCGGCAGGGACCGACAACGUUGAAUCUAGGUCUGACGGCGUCAUGGCUGGACAGGCUGAGGAGUCUGCUUCGAGCUCGGACUUGGAUGAUGACUCGAGUCUUGCUGCGACCAUCGAGUUGUCCGAAGAGGUUGACUUUCCGAGCAACGACAACAAGACCGCAUCCGAUGGCAAGCUUGUCGAGGCCGAGAGGAUAAUGGAAGGGACGGUCAAUUUCACCAUCAGCCUUGCCUAUGUCCGCGCAGCUACAUACAAGCUUGCGGGUCUGGUGGUUUUGUUCCAUGUCAAUUCACAUGGCUGUCUAGUGGCGACCAACCUCUGGCUCAGGUACUGGAUCCAGAACAACGACGGCACGGCCGACGACGGCAACUCCAACAGCCACCUAACCGGAGGAAAAGGACUUUCACUCAAGGUCUUUAUUGGAGUUUUCACGAUCCUGACGGCGGUCUACGUCUUGAGUUGUAUCAUUGUGAUCUACGUCGGCUUUGCCAUUGCCCGAAUCCGCGCCUCGUACACCCUCCACAGGGAUCUGAUCUCCAAGAUCUUUCGCCUCCCUUGCUCCUUCUUUGACACUACUCCUCUGGGUCGGAUCAUCAACCGAAUCUCGAGUGACCUGCAGGGUAUCGACGACAGGUUACCCUGGGCGAUCGAUGAGGUGAUCUAUUGGGGAGUGCGCCUUACAGCCAGUGUGAUCAUCAUCUCAGCCUCGACACCAACGUUCUUGAUCGCCUUGCCAGUCUUUAUUGUGGCUGUUGCAGUGAUCCAAAAAUACUACCUGGCGUCGUCAAGAGCUGUCAAGCGGAUCUUUCAUGUCUCAAAGUCGCCCGUCUUCCAGAACUUCAACGAGACGCUAGGCGGAGUGACGACCAUCCGGGCGAUGGGCCUUCAGGAGCGGUUCAAGGCUGGGAAUGUGGGUCUGCUGUUGACACAUGUGAACGCCCACGUCGCCUACUCGUACUGUAUCCGAUGGGUCGAGGUUCGGUUGCAGUUUCUGUCGUCGCUUGUGAUCUUGGUGGUCGCAGUUGGGUUUGUGGUCUCCGCGGGUAAAGAUAUGGAUCCGGCGACGGCAGGUCUGGCAUUGAGUUUCACAUUGUCGAUUACGCAAGAGAUCAAUAAUCUGGUGCGGAACUAUUGCGAGACGCAGAACUUGCUUGUUUCUGUUGAGCGUAUGUGUGAGUAUACCGAUAUGGAGACCGAGGCGCCCGAGACUCUGCCGUUGGAUCCUAGGGUGGAAGCCGCUGCCACAUGGCCUCCCAAGCAUGGAGCGAUCGAGUUUGUGAACUAUUCGACCCGGUAUCGUGAGGGAUUGGAUUUGGUCCUGAGGAAUGUGUCGUUCAAGGUUGGGGCUGGAGAGAAGAUUGGAAUUGUCGGCCGGACAGGGGCAGGAAAGUCGUCUCUUACUCUAGCCCUUUUCAGGAUGAUCGAAGCCGCCAAUGGCCCAUGGAUCCAUUCCAGCAGCAGUCCAGACGGUAGUGAGGCGACCCAAGAAGAGGAAGACGACAACCUUGUCGGCAAGAUCAUGAUUGAUGGGGUCGACAUUUCGACAUUGGGAUUGUCAGAUCUCCGUCGCGCUUUGGCCAUUAUUCCCCAGGACCCGAUCCUCUUUGCAGGUACCAUCCGCGACAACCUCGACCCCUUCCAGGAGCACUCUGACGCCGACCUCUGGGAAGCCCUGGACCGCUCUCAUCUCAAGGCCUAUAUCCAGACUCUCCCAGGUGGACUCUCCUCCGAGGUGAUUUCGAACGGCGAAAACUUUUCCGUCGGUCAACGGUCCUUGAUCUGUCUUGGCCGUGCACUGUUACGAAAAACCAAAGUUCUGGUGUUGGAUGAGGCCACGUCGGCGGUAGAUGUCGAAACGGACGAGUUGAUCCAAAAGACGAUCCGGGCAGAGUUCAAAGACAGGACGUUGUUGACGAUUGCACAUCGGAUCAAGACUGUGAUGGAUUCAGACAAGAUAUUGGUGUUGGAGCAAGGGCGUGUGGUCGAGUUUGAGAGUCCCAAUGUGUUGUUGGCUCGGAAGGACGGAUCUUUGUUCUACCGCUUGGCUGAACAAUCUGGGGAGGUUUAA